AUGGAGAUGGACCAGCAGAAUCAGCCGAUACGUGAGGUUUUUGGUACAUCUCCAAAUACUAUUCAAAGUCUUCCUCCUCCUUUUAAUGAACUACAACAAGAAAAACCAUUACUCUUGCCUACAUCAAGCACUGAACUACAACAAGAAGAACCAUUACUCUUGGCUGCAUCAAGCAGCAAUGCUUCUUCUAAUAAUGAUGGUGUGAAUGAAUUUUUUGAUGAAGAAGAGGAGUUUAUUGAUCAUGCUUUUUUCGAGUCGUUUCCGCCGGGGUAUAGAUUUUGUCCCAAGGACGGUGAACUCAUUGUUUUUUACCUGAGGAAAAAGAUUGCUAAGGACGAAUUGCCUCGUAACCAGAUUAGACAUGUCAAUCUCUAUCAGCACAGUCCAGAUAAGAUUUCAGAGAGAUAUCCACCAAUAGGUGAAAAGGAGUGGUACUUUUUCACCCCAAGAAACCGAAAAUAUCGAAAUGGUGAACGACCAAAUCGAGCUACUGGAACUGGAUAUUGGAAGGCUACUGGAGCAGACAAACCUGUCAACCACGACGGUUCCCUGGUGGGAUUCAGGAAGGCAUUGGUUUUUUAUGAAGGAAAACCCCCGAAAGGGGUAAAAACCAACUGGAUAAUGCACGAAUAUAGAGUGAAGGAACCUCCAAGAAAGAGAUCAAAUACAAUGGACAUGAGGUUGGAUGAUUUUGUUCUAUGCAGGAUAUACAAGAAAACUGUUAAAUCCUUCAAAAGCCGACCGCGCAAUGAAGAUUCUGAAUAUCUUGAUCAAAACGACUAUCCAACUCCACAAGGGAAUGAAAGACUUGAUCAAAACAAUGCGUAUCCUCUAGAUAUGGACAUGGGUAAUAAGAAUGAUCUAGGUGGACUUGACAGGGAGUUGAAUGCAUUCGAAGCUUCGUCCGGACUUGUUCAAUCUGAAUACCACAUCGGACUCCAUGAAAUCUCCAAUGUGAUGGGAACUUCUUUACUUGCAGACUCCGUUAAGUGCUUCAACAAUAAUUUCCAGAUACCAUUUAAUUGUGAAGCAAAACCAGUAAAUUACAAAGGUAUUGUGUAUCCAAUGGAGAAUGCUUUGAUGCCGAAAUAUUUGAGAGAAGCUCCGGACGUUAAACCAAGAAAGGCUAUGUGGAACAUUACGAAGGAUUAUGAGACCUUCAAUUUGUCGCCAGAGACUGAUUUUGGCACCAGUAUAGAUUUCCCAGAUUUGGACAAUCUUAUGAACAAUCCACCAUCAAACAGUUGCUUUGAAAACUCAAAUAAUCCUUUUGAUAGUCCACCAAUGCCCAAAAGAAGCUGA